AUGCUUGCCACAUUCAUAGGCUUCUAUGAGAAUAGUCCUGAAGACGAGUUUGACUUUCAGAAUGCAGACUCAUCCAUCACUGGGCUGGGCCUGGGCCUCUUUUCAGCCGCUGCCGUGUCAAUGGCCCCGACGCUCGCCGACCUACCAAUUGCGGGUGCCGAGGCAGUUCGCGUUGCCUUCAGACUCGGUGUCAUGGUGGAUGAGGUCUCUCGCAAUCUUCAGCACAGAAGCGAGGGCAACACUCGAGGGGACAGCUGGGCUUAUGUGGUGCUGGACACUGUGGUUGAAGAAGUUCAGCGGGAGCUCGAUGCUGUGCACGCGGCCGACAACACCCCUGAGUCCAACAAGAUCUUCGUCAGCGCUCUGAUUCAAACUUCGGUCACUGUCAGCGGCCCACCGGGCAGGCUGAAGCACCUGUUCAACGAAUCCGAGUUCUUCCGCGACAGCAAGUCUAUCGCCUUGCCGGUCUACGGAGGCCUGUGCCACGCAAAGCACAUCUACACCAAGAAACACGUCGAUGAGAUCGCCAAAAUCAGCUCCCUCGAUGACCUGGACACUACUGGCAAAUUCAUACCGCGGGUGCCCAUUCUCUCAACCAACAACGGGAAGCCCUUUCCCGCCAAGACAGCCGGCGGCCUGCUCCACAACAUUGUCGAGGAAAUCCUUACACAGGUCAUCCGAUGGGACAACACUAUCAAAGGCGUUGCUCAGCACGCUAAGCGAGUUGCAGCUCCUGAGCAUAUAGUGCUCAUGUUUGGCACAUCGCCGCCAUGCCGCGAUAUCGUAGAAGCUCUGAGCUUGGAAUCUCAACAGCUCAAUGUCACAACCAAGGAUCUGACGACGUGGAUUACUGAGCCGAACAAACUUCGACAGGGACCCAGGGAAUACCAACACGCCAAGAUUGCAAUUGUAGGAAUGUCAUGUCGCAUGCCUGGGGCUGACGACACGGAGGCCUUUUGGGAAGUUCUGAACCAAGGCCUCGAUAUGCACAGAAAGGUCCCCGCCGAUCGAUUCGACGUCGAAUCGCAUUGUGACCCUUCUGGGAAACGUGUCAAUACCAGCAUCACGCCAUACGGCUGCUUCAUCGACAACCCCGGCCUGUUUGAUGCGCCAUUCUUUAAUAUGUCCCCGCGAGAGGCACUCCAGACCGACCCUAUGCAGAGGCUAGCCCUUGUAACGGCCUACGAGGCCUUGGAAAGAUCUGGGUAUGUUGCAAAUCGCACUGCCUCCACUGACCUCCACCGUGUUGGUACGUUCUAUGGUCAAGCGAGCGACGACUAUCGGGAAGUCAAUACUGCUCAAGAGAUCGGCACAUACUUCAUCACCGGAGGAUGCCGGGCAUUCGGCCCUGGUCGCAUCAACUACUUCUUCAAGUUCUCAGGACCUAGCUAUAGUAUCGACACAGCGUGUUCAUCAGGGCUGGCGACUAUACACAUCGCCUGCAACUCUCUUUGGAACGGCGACACAGACAUGGCGGUAGCAGGUGGCAUGAACGUACUGACCAACUCGGAUGCUUUCGCGGGGCUGAGCAACGGCCACUUCCUUUCCAAGACCCCCAACGCCUGCAAGACAUGGGACUGUGAAGCAGACGGAUAUUGCCGGGCAGACGGAGUAGCCUCGGUCGUUCUCAAGCGACUGGAAGACGCGGAAGCUGACAACGACAACAUCCUCGGCGUGAUCCUCGCGGCUGGUACAAACCACUCCGCCGAGGCUGUCUCGAUCACACACCCCCACGCCGGCCACCAGGCCUACCUCACAAGGCAGAUCCUCAGCCAGGCCGCUGUCGACCCCUUGGACGUGAGCUACGUCGAGAUGCACGGGACGGGCACCCAGGCAGGUGACGCCCAGGAGAUCCAGUCAGUGACCGACGUCUUCGCGCCUCUUGGGAGGACGAAGCGCCGCAGCUCAAAUCAGCCGCUGCAUAUUGGUGCCGUCAAGGCGAAUGUCGGCCAUGGGGAAGCCGUGGCGGGAACAACAGCCCUGCUGAAAGUGCUUCUGAUGUUCGACAAGGAGGUCAUCCCACCACACGUGGGUAUCAAGAACUCAAUCAACCCGGGCUUUCCCAAGGAUCUCGAACAACGGCACCUGCAUAUUCCGUACGAAAAGACGCCGUGGCCCCGACAGGAUCGCAGGAAACGCAUUGCUGUUGUGAACAAUUUCAGUGCUGCUGGCGGGAAUACCAGCAUCGUUAUAGAAGAAGGACCAUCCCGGACAGGCCGCACUGGUGGGGAUGAGAACGUAGUGAAAGACCCUCGCGCAACUCAUGUCGUCGCCGUGUCGGCUAAGAGCAAGACUUCGCUGAAGGGGAACCUCCAGCGCCUGAUCGCCUAUCUAGACACAAACCCGGAUGUGUCCCUGCCAGACCUGGCAUACACGACAACAGCGCGGCGCUAUCAUCACAACCACCGCGUGGCCGUGGCCACACCCGACGUCGCCCAUCUCAAGAGACAGCUGGCCUCAUACCUCGAGUCGGCAGACACCCACAAGCCGGUCCCAUCAACCGGGUCCCCGCCCGUGGUCUUUGCCUUCACAGGACAAGGCGCCUCGCACAAGUCCAUGGACAUGGGGCUCUUCCACCACUCGCCCGCCUUCCGCGCACAGAUUCUGCAUCUGGACUCGUUGUGCCAGUCCCAGGGGUUUCCCUCAAUCAUCCCCGCCGUCGACGGCAGCCACCCGCGGGACCACGCGCACCCGCCCACGGUGACGCAGCUCGCCCUGGCCUGCACCGAGAUGGCGCUGGCACGGUACUGGGAGUCCCUCGGGGUCAGGCCGGACGUCGUCGUGGGCCACAGCCUGGGCGAGUACGCCGCCUUGCACGUGGCGGGCGUGCUCUCGGCCGCGGACGCGAUUUUCCUCGUGGGACGCCGCGCCCAGAUGCUGGAGGAAAAGUGCCGGGUUGGUAGCCACAGGAUGCUUGCGGUGCGGGCGGGCCUGGGCGACGUGCAGGCUGUCAUUGAUCGCAGGGCGGACGUGGAUGGCAGUAGCUCCCUCGAGGUUGCCUGCAUCAACGGGUCCAGAGAUACGGUGUUGAGUGGGCCUGCGGAUGAUGUUGAAGCCGCGGCGGUGGAGCUCGAGGGCGCGGGCUUCAAGUGCUUCCUCCUCGAUGUGUCGUUCGCCUUUCACUCGGCGCAGACGGAGCCCAUCCUCGACGAGCUGGAAGAGACUGCUCGUAAGGGGGUGCUUUUCCAGCCGCCCAACUUGCCGGUCAUCUCGCCGCUGCUGGGAAAGGUCAUAUUUGACGAGAAGACGAUUAAUGCCACCUACAUACGACGGGCGACAAGGGAAACAGUCGACUUCAAGACAGCAUUGGAGGUAGCACAUAAGAUAUCGACGGUGGACGAGACGAUGGCAUGGAUAGAAAUCGGCCCACACCCCGUCUGUAUAGGCUUCGCGCGGUCGACCCUGCCGUCUCUGGGCGCCGCGGUGCCAUCUCUCCGCCGGGGCGAGGACGACUGGAAAACCAUCUCCCAGAGCCUGGCAGCCUUGCACACGGCCGGCGUCCAGGUCGGCUGGGGAGAGUUCCACAGUCCGUUCGAGCGCUCGUGUGGGCUUCGACUGCUCGACCUGCCCACGUAUGCGUGGAACAACAAGAACCACUGGAUCCAGUACAAUGGCGAUUGGGCGCUCACCAAGGGCAACACUUUCUACGACGCUGAAAAGAAAGCCGCGGCCGAGUCGUCGGGUCAAGUAUCAAACCCUCUGGCUACUCAUCAUUCCAGCCUGCGGACGUCUCUCGUCCACCGGGUUGUCGAGGAAACGUUCUUUGGCUCAGCGGGGCGCGUAAUUGUGCAGUCAGACAUGAUGCAGGCGGACUUCUUGGCCGCGGCAUGGGGCCAUCAGAUGAACGGAGCGGGUGUAGUAACGUCGUCCAUCCACGCCGAUAUCGCCUACACGCUCGGCAAGUACCUCAUAUCCAAGCUCAGACCGGACAAUAAGACGACCACGGAAGACAUGAACAUCGCCAACCUCGUCGUGCGCGAAGGUCUGGUGGCGCAGAAGAACACCACAGUGCCGCAGCUGAUACAGGUGUCCAUCACGACGGCGGACAUCGACUCGGGCACAGCCAGCCUCGAGUGGCACAACCUGACCAACGACGGCCAGUCGCUUGUCGGAGGUGAGGGUGUCGAGCCCAUAGUCACGGCCCAGGUCCGUUUCGGGAACUUGGGCGACUACCUGGCAAGCUGGGUCCCGAUGAGGCACCUCGUGCAGGGCCGUAUCGACGCGCUGGCACAGUUGGCCGAUGCUGGCGUGGCCAACCGCUUCUCGCACAGCAUGGCGUACCUCCUAUUCGCCAACAACCUCGUUGACUAUGCAGAAAAGUACCGCGGCAUGCAGUCUGUAGUCCUCCACGGCCUCGAGGCGUACGCGGACAUAACCCUAAGCACGGGGGCCGGCGGCGGCACCUGGACGGUCCCGCCUUUCUUCAUAGACAGCGUGUGCCACCUGGCAGGCUUCGUGAUGAACGUGUCCGACACCAUCGACACGCGGGCCAACUUCUGCGUCACCCCCGGCUGGGGCUCGCUCCGCCUGGCGCGGCCGCUGGUAGCGGGCGGGCGAUACCGAUCGUACGUGAGGAUGAUCCCGGACCCCACCGACCCGACCGUCUACCACGGCGAUGUCUAUGUGCUGCAGCAGGAUGGCGUCGAGGGCGAGGGAGAUAUCGUGGGCGUCAUGAAGGCCAUCAAGUUCCGCCGGUACCCUCGCGUAUUGCUGAACCGGUUCUUCUCGGCCGCCGAGGUCAAGAACCCUGACAGUGACGCGGGGGCCAGUGCUGGGGACGCUCCUCAUGGCGAAUCCUCGGUGAAGCCCGCCCAGGCCAGAGAGGCAACUCAGGUCCCAAGCCCUGCGGCGCCAGCACAACCCACGGCGAAGCCGUCACAGCAACCGACCACGGCGGCAGCGCCAAAGCCAACCGCGGGACCUGCGGCCACCGACGAAGCACAGGCAAUCCCUCCCGGAGAGAAGCCGGCGCACACUUCCCCGGAAGCCAGCAGCAGCAGCAGCGCCGCAUCGAGGGCCAUGGCGCUGGUCGCGGCCGAGACGGGCCUCGAGUCGUCGGAUUUCAAGGACGACGCGACGUUCGCCGAGGUCGGCGUGGACAGCCUGAUGAGCCUGGUGAUUGCGGAGAAGCUGCGCGAGCAGCUGGGCAUCGCCGUGAGCGGCAGUCUCUUCCUCGAGUACCCGACGGUCGGGGACCUGCGGGCCUGGCUGCUGGAGUAUCAUAGUUGA